AUGGCUCCCCCCUCCGCCUUACUCAACAGUCUACCCAUCGAGCUUGUCGAUCUAAUCGUCUCGUACCUGAAUGUCAAAGACAUCGCCUCGCUUCGCCUUUCAUGUCGCGCCCUGAACGAAAAGGCCUCUUACGGCCGUUUCACGACAUUCUUUCGUCGCAAAAACAUCCGCCUGACUACGCAUGACCUGGAGCGCUUGGUGUAUGUGACCAGCCACGGCUGCCGCCUCGCAUGCCUCCUGCAAGAAUGCACCGUGACGGGCGUCUUAGACCGGGGUAGGAACGCAUGUCUGCCGGCCGACGACGAUGUGACGCUGGCGAAAUCCACAGUGAUAAAGCGGCACACAGAGCUCCUCACAGAGGCCUUUGGCAAUAUCAAGAAAGCGACAGCGCCCCGCCUACUAACAGGAGGCGGUGACGGGCGCAAAACCCCCGGCAGCGGUUUCGAAUUGUUACACUUGCGUGUUGGCGUGCGAUAUAGCGGAGGCGUGCUCAUCGGCGUGGAAAACUGCGGCGUCGACUUGCGGUCCGUUUGCGACAUGGCGCAGCGGACCUUUCGUAUCGCCAUGGACGCACUCGAGACCACACAGCUAGCGGUGCGCUCACGCCUGGAUCUCUUUCACGGACAGAGCCGCUGCAGCCUCAACAGCCGCGUCUUUGCUGAUGUUUUGCACGAGAAGAUGGUGCCGGCGACAUCGCUAAGACCCGUGUUUGCAUCUCUGCAACACCUGGCCGUUAGCUUGGAUAUGCCUCAGCACACUCUGGCAAUACCGGAGAUCGAGCGCGGUGCUGUUACAGAAGACGAGGUCGGCCACGCCGGCCAAGCCACGGAGCGACAGGCUUACUUCUGUACAGAGGCUUUGCAUGCGGCCCUGGACCUUGUCACUGCCAACGCUUUUCCACAGCUCGAUACGCUCAAUGUGCAUUGGCUCUAUGUGCUCGCGCCCGAGAAAUCUGUCCUGGAAGAGACACCUCUGUUGCCUCUGCAGUCCUCCACACCGAGGCUGCUGACAACAGGAAGACGCCUUAGCUCUUGCAGCCUCAGUGGCACAUUUACCACGGCCGACUUUCUGCUGCAAUUCCUCCAGACGCUCCAGCCCAGCCACGUCGCGCUAAAUUACUCUCGCAUGCCUACGGGCACUUAUGACACUGUAUUUUCUUACCUGGCUGAUCCGGCCAGUCCCGUCACGUCCUACGAUCUUGAUGACCUGGUCGUGGUCGGCGACCAGAAUCGUGUUUACGUCCGCUUUUUAGGUCCGAUCACACCGAACCUUUCACGCCGAGGCUUCUCAGAAUCCACCACUCUCUCCCGGGGCCCUGGCGAGGCCAAGACCAACAUUUGCUUUGAGCCGUCGUCAGGCUGGCCUGUUGGUUCUACUUAUUAUGGCCAUUGGCGCAGACAAAAAGAAAGCGUAUUUGGUCCUAGGUACUGA